GAUUUGUAUUGUCCAUUUUCCACGAACCUCUCUGAUUCCUACUGCAGUUGGGUCCUUGAUAAGCUUCCUUUGAUACGAAGAUAUGGAGAGAAAGGGGGAGACAGAAAAAUCGAGUGAUUCUGAAAAGGAAAUGAAAAGCGACGAAGGAGAUAAACCAAAAGGCGGGAAGGAAUGUAAGGAUGAAAAUGAGAGGGGAAGCAACGAGAGAGUUUCAGGGAGAGAUAACGAAGUGAAGACAUAUGAAAUAGACGGAGGAUCUGACCUAAAUGAAUCACGUUCGGACGCUGGAAUCAAGCAUCAGAAUGGCUGCGACGAACCUACGAAAACGCACAAGGAGCUUCGCACCACAGCCGAAGAGGAAAAUCCCCAGGCCGUGCGAAGACCCCCGCGCAGGAAGGAUAAAGAGAGAAUCCAGGAAGCAAAGAUUCCACCGAACAACAGCGAAACCGAAGCCAAGAAUAGGAAAGAGAAGGAAGCUCAAGCCGUGGCCACCUCGAACGACGCUCCCAGCUUGCCCGACUCAUCCGAAACCUCAUCGAAGCAACGGCACGAGUCGGAGAAGAAUGCCUCCGGAAUCAAACUCAAAAGAGAGCUCGGCCUGCUGGACUGCGUAGGCUUCCUCGUGGGCAACAUGAUAGGCUCAGGGAUCUUCGUGUCGCCCCGGGGAGUCCUCAGAUACUCGGGGAGCGUAGGAAUGUCUCUUAUCAUCUGGGUCGCCUCUGGUUUCGCCUCCAUGGUCAGCGCACUUUGCUACGCCGAACUGGGCACGAUGAUCCCGCAGAGUGGCGGCUCCUACACAUACCUGCACGAGGCUUUCGGCCCCAUGGUGGCGUUCCUCAACCUGUGGCUGAGCGUCACCAUCAACAUCCCGUGCGGCCGCGCCAUCGGGGCCCUCACCUUCGCCAACUACGUGGUGCAGCCGUUCUUCCCGGGCUGCGCCCACAUGCCGCAGGGCGCCAUCAAGCUGCUCGCCAUCGCGCUCAUCUUCUUCCUCACUUGGGUCAACUGCCACCGAGUGCAAUGGGCCACCACAGUGCAAGACGCCCUGGCACUCACCAAGGUCCUGGCGCUCAUCAUCAUCAUCGUCGGAGGCAUGCACCACCUGGCAUGGGGCCACACGGAAUACUUCGAGAAUGUGAUGGAUGGCACUAAUUGGCACCCUGCCCUGAUUGCCACGACGUUUUACCAUACUCUAUGGGCGUAUGCAGGCUGGGAUGGCUUGAAUACGAUUAUAGAAGAGCUGAAGGAUCCUUUUAAGAACAUGCCCCGAGCUAUCGCUAUCUCCCUCACGUGCGUGACGAUGAUAUACAUACUAACGAACGUUGCGUAUUUCGCUGUACUUACGCCGGAGGAGAUUCUGUCUUCGGAAGCUGUUGCCGUUUCCUUCGGCCAGCGCAUCCUGGGCGUGGCGGCGUGGCUGAUCCCGCUGUCCGUGGCUUGCUCCACCGGCGGCUCCAUGAACGGCAACAUCCUCGGGUCUUCGCGCGUGCUGUUCGUGGGCGGCCGACGGGGACACCUGCCCAGGGCCCUCGGCUUGGUGGCCGUCGAGAGCUGCACGCCCGUCACGUCGCUCGUGUUCAUGGCUGCCAUCUCGCUGCUCAUGCUCACCACGUCCGACCUGCGCGUGCUCAUCAACUACACCUCCUUUGCGGGCAACAUCAUCAACCUCGGCGUCAUUUCCGCUUUCUUCUGGUUCCGCAUCAAGCAGCCGGAU